UGCCAAAGCAGACGACAGGUGUGCACGAGACAAGCAGACGACAUCACGAACCAAUGACUGAGCCAGUUGACCACAUGACUUGAUGUGAAUACAUGCUAAGGUUACGACAGUAUACUUAAGUCCAAAAUGGGAAGCAAAUGUUGAUAUGUUAAGUCCUGUGUACAUUGAAUCUGUGUGAUGCGGCCGAGUUGAAUAUUGUCGCCAUUCGCUGAUGAUCUGGUGUGACUACAUGGUUUCUUCAGGCGAUCAUUACUACACCGUCGCGCGCGAAUGAGUACAACCCUGGAACUUAUGGGAGUGUGGCGGGACAAGGUAUAACAUAGACGAGAGAAAGAACUGUGUAACAAGGAAUUUACCGUGACACUGAUGUAUAGUGUUUAUGAUGAUAAGUGACCACCGCAGCCAUUUAAGGUAACAAAAAACAUGGAUGACGCCACUCUCGGCUACAUCAUCGGCGGCUCUGUUGGGGGCGGGAUCCUCAUCAUCAGCGUCAUUGCCUGCAUCAUCUGCUGCUCUUGCGAGUCCAAGAGGAAGAAGAAGAGACAUGAGAAGCAGUUCCACCAUCUUCCCUCUGACUCUGGCCAUCAAAGUCAACACUCUACACUCAGUCAUAUUGACCCCAGGGGCCUUCCUAAGGUGGGGAAUGGCUUGUGGGUUGAGGCGCCUGCAGUGUACCAGGCAGCACCCAAUCAGGGGCUGUACUACGGCAGACCAAACCCCAAAUAUCGAGUGGAACCUGGGGUUCAGAGGUCAUCUUCGGAGCUACGUUUGCAAGCACACCCGCCUCCGGGCCAUGCAGUAUACCAGGGCAAUGUGAGGAUAUACCACAGUCAGCAACUGGCCCCUGUCUAUGAAGUGGUUGACACAUCCAGAGCACCCGGUGUUAUAAGUAUAUAUGAAUAUAACGAUUUGACACACUCGCGGUCACGCCUCAUUAACCGCAACUCUGCUGAGCGCCAUCACAGAGACAGCAAGAAGGUACACAGAUCGCACAGUGACCUUAGUAGUCGACCCAAGGACAGGCGGGAUAACUCUAAACGACAUUCCGGUCAUUCGCAUCAGUCAAACAGUGACAAAUCAAGAAAAGACCAUUCCAGGCCAAGUUCAGCCGGUCACGUGAAAGUUUCGCAACAAAAGUCACAAUCUUUAGAUUCUUUGAGGGAAGGAGCUUAUGACAAUCCAGCUUUCGACAAUAAAGCUCCCGUGAGAGUGCCGCCACCAACAGUUUCCCAGCCUGCUGCUACAGACAGCAUGAAGCUGCAGGAUAAGAACGGAAUGAGCACAAGACCCCUUUAUAAUAAAACAGACGAUGAAAAGCAAAAACCCAAACCAGUAAAGACUGAGGUUAUAACACAGCAUUAUACGCACGAAGGGUCUGUGUAUGCUGUUCCCAAUAAACUUGGAAUACAAAAGGACGAGGCCUAUGAAAACCCAAUAGUAGCCCGGAUGGAAGAAAUGAUUAUAGAAAAAACAGAGGGGUCUGCAGACUCUCGGAAAGCGAGUUCUAUCAGAACAGAAAUUGUACCUUCUCGUGCCAGUGAAGUCAGAUCAGGUCACGUGGAUCGUGCGAGCUCACAUGUGGACGAUGUGACGUCAUCUGUUCCAGUGAACGUGUCAGACACCUCGAUCCACAUCACGACCGGGAUGCGGGAGGUGAAACAUCCUGCGACUGGCGAGAGGCUGGACUCAACUGAUGGUAGUCUUCAUCCCCCUCUCAGCGCCACACAGUCGGAAGAUCUCGGGCCUACAGGGAACCAAGUAACCGCUGAGGCUUUCCAGUUCCUGGACAACUACAUAGAUGACGAGGGGGUGGAGAGCCCACCUGUCUCCCCCGGGCCAAGAGAAGAUUUCGCAGGUUAUUAAGCCCUUCGGUGAUCCAGCAGCACGGAAUGGUGCAAGGCAGCUGUUGCCGAUACCACAUGACCCACAUCUAUAAAUGAUGUUGUCACCAGGAAAGGUGUCCCGUUACAGGUAUAACAUGGUUGCCUAGCAACAGGGAGAGAACGGAAUUGAUUGGCUGUUUCUGGUCCCGGCACUGGAUGGUGACAUGGCUCUUCAAAGAUAACAUGUUCCAGAGAUU